AUGGCUGAGCUUUAUCCAAAUGAUUUUGUAGAUGUGUCGGAAGUGGAGUUGCGCAGACAACUUCAUAAUUAUGUUAGAAAUGUUAAAUCUGAUCCAAAAUUUGCAAAGUUGAAAGGGCUUUCGGAUCUUUGUGCAAUACUUGUGGAAACAAAUAAGUGCAAGACAUUUGCUUUGGUUUUUAAGCUUUUGAAGUUGGCUUUGCUCUUGCCGGUUGCAACUGCAAGUGUUGAACGUGUUUUUUCAGCUAUGAAGAUUGUGAAGAGUCAUUUACGUAACAAAAUGGGUGAUCAAUGGUUAAAUGAUCGGCUUGUAACUUUUAUUGAAAGAGAUGUUCUUUUCACAAUUAGCACUGAUGUUAUUCUAGCUCAUUUUCAACAAAUGGAUGGCAGACGAUUUUCAUUGUAA